AUCUCCAGGUCGCCGCCGCCAGCCCGCCCGGCCGUAGCUAAGACGAGCGGAAACGCCUCCGUUUUACAAAACAAAGGGAGAAACGGGAGGCGUGCGCGGCCCGCGGGGCUGAGACCUCGGCGGUUGGCCCCUCCGGCCCGGGCGCUGCAGCAUCUUUGGAUGGCCAUGGCGACGAGCCUUGGGAGCGGCUGGCGCUGGGGGUCCGACGGCCGCCAGGCGCCUCCGAAGAUCACGCCGACCGUGGAGGAGCUGCAGAGCCGCGUGCAAGAGACGCUGGACCUGCUGUCCCCGCGGGAGCUGAGCCACUUCCGCGUCCUCCUCAAGACCGUGGACGAGGGGCCGCGCGUGAGCCCCCUGCGGCUGGAGCUGGAGGGCGGCAGCAAGGCGGGGCUGGCCCGUCUCCUGGCCCAGCACUACUACCUGCCCGCCGUGUCGCGCGUUCUCAUCAAGGUGCUGCAGCAGCUGCGCCGCGCCGACCUGCUGCCGCGCUGGCAGAGCGCGGAAGACGACGACCGCCGGGAGAUUCCAAGAAAGAUUCUAAAGAGAAGCUAUGACUGUGUGGAUGGCGAACUGGACUGUUAUGACCUGAGUGGCAAGCGGAAGGCUUUCGUCAUGUGUGUGGAGAAGAACAGACCCGGGGCUCACCGGGACGUCAUGCUAAUGACCGAAUGGCUUGGCCAAUGCCAGUUUGAGCAUACUUCGUGCAUCGAUCCAAACAAAAUGGAGUUACUUGGGAAAAUAUCAUCAUUUCGGGAUGGACUCAAUGAAAUUAAGGAUGAUGUUGGCUGUUGCCUUGUUACUCUUAUGUCCCACGGGGAGAAAGGCUUUAUUAAGAUGAAAGAUGGUGAGAGAGUCAGCCUGGAGGACAUUUUUGAAAUGUUUAAUAAUAAAAAUUGUCCGGCGCUUCAAGAGAAACCAAAGAUCUUUAUAAUCCAGGCCUGCAGAGGAGAGAAAAGAGAUAAUGGUGUUGAGACAGACGAUGAACCCAUGGAGUCUGAUGACGUAUCUGAGAAGAGGAGGCUGCCCACGUUCAGUGAUUACUUCAUCAUCUAUCCUACCCAGGCAGAUGAAGCCACUGUGAACACACGUGUGUACAUCUUUGGGCGUAUGUUUUUGUUCUCCUUGGGUAAAUACGAAGAAGUGGAAUGGUUGGUUCACAUAGUAGAUCACGUUGCUUUACGGCACCCUCGCACGGGCUCGGUGAUGAUUGAAGCGAUGGCUGAGGUCUUUAAACAGCAUGGAAAUAAGUGGCACAUCGCUGACUUUUUCACCAAAGUGAAUAACAGAGUGGUGCACACUGAGUUUCAUCUACACGAGGAACCCAUAAAAGUGUCACUUGUCAUGGAAUCGACUUUAACUAAAUCUGUGUACUUUUGACGUCGGGAGGAUGAAAAGCUAAGGGCUGCUUUAUAACUGACGGUGUAAAGAACGGAGAGCGUCUGUAGCGCGGUUCGAAUGGUUAUCCUUUGGGGUUAUUUCCGUCACCAGUUGUACUUCUCCAGUUUGUUUUGCAUAUAUGUGUAUUUUUCCAAGAUUGGGCCACGUAUAGUUGGCGCUUGUAAAUAAUUUGACUUCUUUGAAAAGAUCACUGUUUUUGAAAAUGGGCUUUCCUGAGCUGUUACCAAAACAGGGAAGCCCAGCUCGAUUUGUGGACCAUUUUUAGAAUGUGCUUCCCUUACUGAUGACACUCCACCCUCUCCUACUUUGGUGCUGGCGUUCAUCCUCGUUUUCCUGGCUUAGUCUUCAAGAGCUGUCUCUGUGUAGUCCUGUCCUGGCUCGCCCGAUUUCCCCCAUGUUGUUGUCUGCAGCCAGACUCGUCUCCUUUUUGACUCCAUAAGCCAUUCUCGAGUCUGACCCGGGUGUCUUCGUUUGUACUUUGUUGCCCUUGACGCCUCGUGUUUCCACCCGCCACCCAUUCCCCAGCUUCUCCCUUGCUGCGCGGUACCUCUGAAUGCUGUUUUCUCUGCCUGGGAUGCUCUGUUCCACUCCAGUCCUUUCCGCCCCUCCGGAUUUGGGUCAAGCAUCCUUUGCACGGGAAAGUUUUUCGCCAAGGCCUCGUGCCAGGUCAGCUCUUCCCGAGUGCUCACAGACCGAGUGCUUUUCUUCUGCAGCAUUUAGCACCGCUGUACUUAAAGGACUGUGCAGUGGCCACGAAUCUCUCUCCAGUUCAGUCAUAAGCUCCAAGAGGCAGAGGCUGUGUGUCUCAUUCAUUGCUGUAUCCCAGCUUCCAUCGGUGCCUUAAGACAGAGAGAAGCGAUGUGAUGAAUGUUUGGUGAAUGACUAGUCUCUGUCUUUUAAUUGUUUUGUCCAUUCGCCAGACCUCGCCUCAUUACCUCUGUGCAUCUGGCCACCUUCCGGCCAUCCCCACCUGGCUGGUUGUCCUGUGGCGUCUUUAACUCCCUAAAUUGGAAGUCAACCUACAUUUCCCCUAAAUCUCUUUACAAAACCCAUCCCAUUGUGAAUAAUCCUCUGACUCCCCACUGCCUGCGGAAUAUACUCAGAUUGCCCUAGGAGAAUAUUCCAAGUCCUUCUCUGUCAGGCCUGUACUGCCCGUUUGUCCUGGGUCUUGAUCACACAGGAUGAUUUGUCCUCCCCUCAGGCAUCCCCUCUCACAGAAUCAGGCUUGUGGGUUAAUGAAUGUUGAAUGAAUGCUCUUGGCUAUGUUCAUUGAACAAUGAACUAUGGUUCAUUCUCUCCCUUCUGCCUGAAGCGUCCUUUGUUCUCACUGUGUGCUUUCUCUACACCACACAUUCUUUAGGGUGCGGCUUGGGUCCCAUCCCACCAGAAGGAACACUGUAUGUAGACUAGCGUUUACUUAGAGUUCACAAACUCCGGGCCGAAGAUGAGCUUUCAUUGUGAUUGUGUUCUCACUUUUCGUGUAACUUUGGACUAUACUAAACCCUGGUUUCCACAUCAUAAAAGGAGACUUGGCUCGGCUGAGAAUUCAUCCAGUCACUGGACUUCCCUGAACUUUGGCCUCUUAAUAAACUGUCCAUGAAUAUGCUGCA